AUGAAAAAUUUAAUUCUGAUUUGCUUAUUAGCUAUGGUCUUAACAUAGCAAGUUUAACACUCAAAUAAAUGUAAUGAUUGUGGAUAAUUAAAAUCACAGAAUGAUUGUGAAAAAGAGAUAACUGUAACAGGAAAUUGUGAAUGGUUGGCUGCAUCAGGAACAACAGCAGCAAAAUGUUAGAAAAAGACAACAGUUGAUCCAGUCAGUUCAUUUAAACCUUAUUGCGAACUUAUUGAUAAACCAGAAACAAACUGUGCUAAAACAUUAGGUUGUGCUUAUGUUGACUUAAAAUGCACCCAUUUUACAGGAUGUCAAGCAUAUGUUAAAACUACAAUAACAGAUUGUUAGGCUAUAUCUUAUUUUUGUGUCAGUGAUGGAAAUGCGUGUAUUCAAGCUAAAGAAUGCAAAGAAUAUACAUAACAACAAUGUGAAUCAACUCCAAGUGUUUCUGGUAUACUUAAAUGUAAAUGGGAUACAAAUUCUGGAGCUUGUAGAGAUUAUGCAUGUUCAGAAGCAGAUACUAGUUUAAAUACCGAUGAAAAAUGUUCAGCUUGGUUAGCUGGUUGUGUAACAAAAGGAUAAGGUUGUGUUAAUGCACCAAGACCUGAAUGUGCUAUUUAUACAGGAGAUGAUGCUGCUUGUUAAUCUUUUAUUGGAUCAGAUGGAAAUUGUGAAUUAGCAACUGGUACAACAAAUUGUAAGGCCAAAGAAUGUGUUAAUGCUCCAACAUCAUUUAGUUCUGAUGAUGAUUGUAAAGCAUAUUAAAAAGGAUGUAUAACAACAGGAAAAGGUUGUGUUUUAGCAACAACAAAACCAUUGUGUUCCACAUAUUCAGGAGAUAACACUACUUGUGUUGGAUAUAUUGGAUCAGAUGGAGUUUGUGAAGGUGAUGCUGGUGGUUCUAAGUGCAGAGCAAGAAAAUGUGAAAAUGGCACAUUCAAUACUGAUGAACUUUGUUAUUAAUACUAAAGUACUUGUAAGACAAAUGGUAAAACUUGCGUUUCAUCAUUAUCAGCUUGUAAUACAUAUAAAGGUACGGCUACCACUUGUGCUGUAUAUAUUGGUACUGAUGGAUAUUGCAAAGGAACAAGUACAACUACUGAAGCUUCUUGCUUACCAAAGAUUUGCGAUGAAGCUCCAGAUACAACAACAACUGAUGAUGCUUGUAAUAAAUAUUAAAUUGGAUGUGUUACUACAGGAAAAGGAUGUGUUACAAAAGCUAAUUUGAAAUCUUGUACUACUUAUGAUGGUGAUGCUACUAGUUGUUAAUCAAGAGUUGGAUCUGAAGGUAAAUGUACAUGGAAGACUGGAACCAAAUGUGUUGCUAGAGAUUGUACUUAAGCAGCAACCAAUUUAAAUACUAAUUCUCUUUGUGCCAAUUUUUUCACAAAUUGUGUUACUACUGGAUCUGGAUGUGUUUCAUAAACUUCUUGUGAUUUGACUGUCAAAUAAUAAAGUUGUGAAGGUACUAAUAAUUGUUCAUGGUAACCUAUUUGUACUAGUAAUUCAAACUGUAGUGAAUUUAAGAAAAAAUCAAUUUGUUUAGCAAAUUAAGCUAGAGUAAGGACUUUUGAUAAAAAUGAUGAAAACGGAAAUCCAUUAUAUAUCUUUGUAUCCAAAAAAUGUGGUUGGUUGA